UUCCUCCCAGCUUUGCAGCAAACCGAGCCCAGCGACGCUGACCUCGCCUACGCCGAGCACUGUGCCGUGCCCCGGGUGACGGGCCCGUGCCGCGCCGCCUUCCCGCGCUGGUACUACAGCCCCGCCAACCGCACCUGCCGCCGCUUCACCUACGGCGGCUGCCGCGGCAAUCGGAACAACUACCGGAGCCGGGAGGAGUGUCUGAGCCGCUGCGGCCCCAAGCCAGAAGACACCGGCGGCGAUUUCCUCUCCACCAAAGCGCUGGCCCUGGGGGUGCUCCUGGCCGUCCUGGCGGCUAUUCUGUUGGGGUACGCGGCGGACGUCGCCCUCAAGACGUGCCGGAGGAAAGCGGAGCUGCCGGCGCCGGGCGCGGGCUGGAGCCCCGCCGACGACAAGGAGUAUCUCAUGAGCAACGCCUACACCCUCUGAGGGGGGGGGGCGCCCCUUUGGGGGCCCCCCCGGCGGCCAGAGACACCCCCAAAAUGACUCUCCCGGGGCCUUUUGGCCACCUCGCGCAGUCUCGAUCCUUUUUUUUUCCUCUCUCUUUUGGGGCGUUUUGGGGGUUGUUUUUUUUUUUUAAGAUGCUUUUAUCAAAACCAGGGUUGUGGGGACUCGCUAAUGCCGGGGGGGGGGGGGGGGGGCCCUUUGCACCCCCCCAGCCCCAAUUUUUGGGGGGCUUCUCCCCCCCAGUUUUUGGGGGGGCUUCUCUCCCCCCCCCCCCCCCCGCCUUUUCCCACCCGGAUUUAGCUGCUGGCUGGACCCACAGGGGCCGGCCCCCCCCACCCCCCAAUGAUUUGGGGGGGGGUGGUCCUACUGAUUUUGGGGGGGCCCUGCCCCCCCCUUGCUUUUGGGGGGGGGAUUGUUAUGUCGAAUCAACCAGUUUUAGGGUUUAAUUAUUAAUUUGGGGGGGGGUUUUAUACCUUAAAGGGGUUGGGUUUUUUUUCCUCAAUAAAGGGAGUUGUGAACCACC